AUGCGUAGUGUUGUCGGUGCUCUUGCCCCUCACCUCUUGCAGUUGCUUCCGGAACCUGGGAACCCGAAAGCACCUGGGAACUUGAAAGAACCAGAUGAUGAUCUUGCAAAGGCGAAGCAAGGACUGCCUUCUUCGUCCAGAGCUGGGCAAGUCAUUGCAUCCCUGGGGUGCCCUGUUCCUAAGGGUGGCCCUGUCAUUCGAAGGAGCUCUGAGGCUGCCCCUGCCCCACCCGCCAAGUUGACCAAGACUGGACCUCCACCUGCUGCUGCAUCCACCCCUGCCAUCAAAGCUGAACCUGAUGCUCCGCCCGCCCCACGCCAAGAUACCCCGCCGGUGGAUGCUGAAGUGAACAGCAGUACACACCGCGCAGCACACGAGAAACAAGAACUUCUGAAGCAAUUUGUUGCCAACGGCGAGAACCUCAAGCGGAUGGAGACUACUUUGCACAUAACCCGGGAACAAAGUGGGGAGAUGACCCAGACCAAGGAGCUGCUCACAAUCCCGCAAAUGCGGGCCCGCGGAUUCAGCCAGACCAAGAUCGACUCGAUCAUUUCGAAGCAGACACCGCAUCCAGAUCCAGAUGCACCAGAAGACCCCGAGAGCGUUCGCUUUUGGGCCACGUGUGGUGGCUCUUUGUCGCAGAAGGAGCGCAGCACCAUCAGCGCAGCAGCAGCAGCAAAGAUCCAGAGCAAUUGUGAAGGGUUGGCAGCUAUGGUUGGGGCUGUCGAUUUGGAGUCGGGAGAGGAUGGGACCAAGGUUGGGAACGGACCAACGCUUAAGGCACUGGUGGAUGUGGCCAACACAGCAGACCCGACCCCAGCAUGCAAAGCAAAGUCCAAAGCCAAGGCAAAGGCAAAGGCGAUUGCGCAGCAGACCCCCAAGACCCCAGCUGAACACCGCAAAGCACUUGGAAACCUGGACUUAUUUUCCAUACUCAGCUUUCCCUGUUUUUCAUACCUUGGUUCCAAGAUAAAACCAUAUAUUCUGGAAUACCUUUGA